AUGCAAGUUUUGGAGGAGACCCUGCUCGCCAUUAGAGCUGACAUUGCUUCCUUCUGUGCAGAGAUCAUGGCGCACUUGCUGACUUAUCCAGGGAAAUCCAAAGAGAUCGGCCUGCUAGUCCUGCAUCCUCUGCCUGAGACUCCCUCUCGGAAGGCAUCAACACAUACCAGUGACGGUGAAGCUAGUCAUGAAGAUCUGGUAGAUGUUCUUCUAAGACUUCAGGAGGAGGGUAAUCUUGAGAUCCCCUUAAGUAUGACAGACAUCAAGUGCACUAUUUUGGACAUGUUCAUUGACGGGAUUGACACAUCAUCUACAACUUUAGUAUGGACAAUGUCAGAAUUGCUGAAAAACCCAAGGGUUAUGAAAAAGGCACUAAGAGUAUACCCUUCUAUCCCUUUAUUAGUUCUAAGAGAGAGUAAAGAGAGAUGUGAAAUUGAUGGAUAUGAGAUACCUGCAAAAACUCAAGUAAUAGUUAAUGUACGGGCUAUUAGUAUCAAUCCUGAAAACUGGAGUGAUCCCGAGCGCUUUCUUCAAGAGAGGUUCAUUUAUAGUUCAAUUGAUUACAAGGGAAAUCAUUUUCAAUAUCUAACAUUUGGUGCUAGAAGGAGAAUAUGUCCUAGCAUAUCAUUCAGGAUUGCUAAAGUUGAGCUUGCACUUGCGAAUUUAUUAUAUCACUUUGACUGGAAACUUCUCGAGGGACAGAAGCUAGAAGAUCUUGAUAUGGAUGAGGUUUUUGGUGCAACAGUUAACAAGAAAAGAGAUUUGUGUGUGAUUCCUAUUGCUUAUCAUCCUUCAGCUGGUGAAUAA